AUGUAUUGUACUGUCACAAAAUGUCCUCCAAUUGAAGAAACGGUCGUGGGAGCCACGAAGAGGGUGCAACCAUGGAUCAGAGCCGCCGUGCACUUCUCCCUCUGCUUUGCCGUCGCCGCCCUCGCACCACUGGCCGCCACGGGGGCCCCGUCGGCCGCCAACAUUCGCGCCUCGUUUCUUAGCCCGUUCAGCAAUGCUCAGCGAGUGGCACCGGCUACGCCGUUUGUCCCGGACCUCGGCCUCCUGCUGAUCGUCACCGUCACACGGUCGGACGGUGGCAUGGCGCAGGAGGCGUUGCUGACGAGGCUCGCGCACACGCUGCGGCACGUCGCGCCGCCGCCGCUCUGGAUCGUGGUCGGAGCGGAGAACAGGACGGCAAGGACGAGGGCGGUCCAGGUGCUGUGUGGCACCGGAGUCAUGUUCCGGCACCUCACCUACGAUGCCGCCAUGCCGGGAACUUCACCGACUUCGGCGGCGACGAGGCGGACCAUGAGAGAGGAACGUGGCGCUGAGCCACAUCGAGCGGCACCGGUUGCACGGGGUCGUCCACUUCGCCGGCUAUUCCGGCGUCUACGACCUCCGCUUCUUUCACAGGCUGGUACACAGAGGAUUCAAGCAUUAAUGGGACACAAAGAACCACCAUGA